AAUAAUCAACAUGGCUAAGAACGCUAACAUUACAUCUCAAGAUGGUAUGCUUCUGGCUGUGCUUGCAGAUGAGGACACAAUUACCGGAUUUUUGCUAGCGGGCGUCGGGAAUGUGGACUUGCGGAAGAAGAAGAAUUACUUAGUGGUAGACGCAAAGACCUCAGUGCGAGCAAUCGAGCAGGCUUUCAAGGAGUUCUCGGCCCGGGAAGAUAUCGCCGUAAUCUUAAUUUCACAGCAGGUUGCCAGCCAAAUCCGGCACAUCAUCGCGGCUCACAACAAGCCUAUUCCGGCCGUGCUCGAGAUUCCUAGCAAGGAUUGCCCCUACGACCCGUCUCAAGACUCGCUCCUCAGACGAGUGAAGCACAUUGCGGGCUUCAACUAAUUUGAUGACUCUGAGGAUGACUAGCUGUGCUCACCAGGGCUGGGGGAUUACUUUUAGGGUAUGGGGAAGGCAGCGAAGGAAUUUUUGACUUGUUGUGCCGUACGGUUCUGGCCAGUUGCACGUGGCAAGUGCAUCCGUAGAGGGUGUGGGAGGGGUGGCGCUUACGGGAACAGCGUGACAGCACUUUGACCGACCCAGAAAUUCUACAGCUUAGAGAUCUCCUGGGCAGAGGACAGGCGCUCACACUGGUUGGCUUGUGUGGGAAGGUUUCAACCCAUUCCCUAUCUUUUACUUGCGUGACAGCCCCGCGAGAAGAAGAGUACUUUGUGUAUGUGUGUUGUGGUAUGGAGUGCACUGUUUUUUGGUGGGGAUUACCUCGCUCCCCGAGCGUCAUACUGGGAGCGUAUGUAUUUUGCCAGGGCCUCUUUUUCCUUCUGCUGUGAGUCCAGUACUGUAGGCUCGUUAGCAGGGAAUCAGGGUGACCUGUGUGCUGGGAUGAGGAGGGCCAUCAACCAGCUGCUAUAAAUCACAAGCGGAAGCAACCACCGGACCUGCCCACGCCAGGACUCUUUUGCCUUCGAACUGUCACCAUCGCCAGCACUUCCCAUUUGGCUGCCGCAGUUGACACCAGAGAGUGCAGUUUUGGAUACUGGAACUGACAUUGGGAUGUCCCGCAAACACUCUAAUGGCGGCAAUGGGGUUGUAACGUGCCUAAGAGCCGAUGCACG